AUGGAGUUUCCGGUGCGUCACUUUCGCGAACCGGCGAGCGCCUCGAAUUUCCACGAUAUAAUGAAUGACCCUGCCUACGAUACAAAUCGGAGAGGGAAGGAGAGAGAGCACGAGGAACCGGAUACCUGUCGGAUUUGUCGCGGGGAGGCCACGGAACAAGACCAGCUCUACUACCCUUGCAAAUGCAGUGGCAGUAUAAAGUUCGUGCACCAGCCUUGCCUUGUGCAAUGGCUGGCUCAUUCUCAGAAGAAACAUUGUGAGCUGUGCAAAACGCCUUUUCAAUUCACCAAAGUUUACGAUCCUGCGAUGCCGGACAGCAUACCCGCCUUCUUGUUUAUGAAACAACUCCUGUUACAUACUCUCCGCACGGUUGUCACGUGGUUGCGAUGGGUUCUUGUCGCAUUCGUUUGGCUCGGGUGGCUUCCUUGGUCCAUGAGGGCAAUCUGGAGGGCUCUUUUCUGGCUUGCUGACGGCCGUUGGUCUAGCGGGGAUGCGGCUCAGCAAGGCUUGCCGGAUUACCUUGGCCCGAACGCAACCCUUGGUGAUGCCACAUUGUCUACAAGCUCUGCCGAGGCAGCUCAACCCAGCUCGAUCGAAGGGCAAUCGCCGUCAGUAUUCGGGUUCUCGCCAGUUGAACCAUUGCUACUUACGCUCAUGAGAAAGGCAUUCUCUACGCUCUUCUUUCCCGCAAUGUCAUCUAGUUUUGGUUCCGCCGACUCUUCUAACGUAACAACGCCCCUCAAACGCCGGCCAUCCUGGCUCUCGGACGUCAAAUUCUUGAACUCGCUAACGCCUUCUCCUACUUUUAACAAUAUCCUCAUUGACACUCUAGAAGGACAGCUUAUCACCUUGCUGGUUGUGGUCUCCUUUAUUUUGAUAUUCCUUAUACGGGAAUGGGUCGUUCAACAACAACCCCUUGACAACAUUGCGGAAGGAGAGCGGGAAGCUGCCGACCAGUUAAUAGCGAACAAUCGUCCAGCCCAGCAGCCAGAAGCCCCUAGGCCCGACCCUCAUCAAGAGUUGCCUGCGGAUGACUUGCAAAACGAAGACAUCAACCCUCGCCCUGUAGAGCCUCACCCUAGGCCCCCUAGAUUGCGCGUCGAUCCCGAUUUCUUUAACAGAGCGCGGAUGGGCGAUGUAGGGCCUGCGGAGUUUCGGAAUCUGCUUGCGGAAGGUCCUUUGACACCUCCCAUCCGUCGCAACUAUCAGGGUAACGAUGGCUUUAACUUCAAUCUCCCUCAGCAAAGAACGCCUCAGAUCAACCCUCAAUGGCCUCAUGUGUACACGGAGCUUUUUAGAGAUCUCUGGACACGCACCAACGGCGACCUUCAAGAAAUGCUCAAUAUCGUUCGCGACGAAGGUCGAGAGGAAGAACUCGCAUGGCUUGUUACCGCGGUUACUGGACUUUUACAGAACGAUGAAUCACCGCGCUCUCGGCUUCGCGAGCAGGUUUUCCCUGGACCCUCUGGCUCCAGUUCACUGUCGAAUGCGGAAACGGUCACUGUGGACGAAGCUCAGGCUGGCUUUCCCGAUCUCGAGUUGCCCUCGCAAAGGCUAGCCUUUCCAGACUCAUCUACCUCGAAUACAAACGCUGGCUCCCCAUCUGGUAUACCAUUCGCACCGCAGCCAUCAGGGUUCCGAGCUGCGGAACUUGAAGAUAGGCAGUACGCCCCGUCAUCAGAACACGAGCCGUCGGCUGGCAAUGUUGAAGCAAACAUCAAUGCACUGAACAGAACACCUGAUGCAGAAUCAGUUGAUGGCGCUCGACCUCCCUCGGACUCAUCCCAAACGGGUGCGGAACCUGACAAGAGCGUGGCAAGAAGUAUUCUUGAUUGGUUUUGGGCUGAUGUUAACCCUGACGAUGCAAUCCCCGGACCACUCCCGGAAGAGGAAGAGGAGAUUGUCGAUGAACCUGCUGUCGAGGCGUUUGGCCACGGAGGCAACAAUGGCAACAUUCUUGACUUUGAUGCCAACCCGCCCGAAAAUGCAGCAGCUUUCCCGGAAAUUGGUGUUGAUGCGAAUGAUAUCGACGCGAUUGAAGAGGCCGACGAUCUCGAAGGCAUCCUGGAACUCAUUGGCAUGCAAGGUCCUAUCUUUGGCCUACUACAGAACGGAGUUUUUUGCGCCUUGCUAAUAUCUUUUACGGUCGCUGCUGGCAUCUGGCUUCCAUACCUUGCUGGCAAACUCGCGCUUCUGCUUUUCGUCAACCCUGUGCAAUUCAUUCUGGGUGUUCCCAUGGCUACAAUCUCAGUCUUGGCCGAUGUCAUCCUUGACACCCUCAUUGGCAGUCUAGGCUACAUUAUGUAUUGGACCAGUCUGAUAUGCAGGGUCCUUCUCAGUCCGUUUGCAACUCUCAUUCCAUUGGGCGAGUGGACAAAGUCCAUCACUACCGCCUCGUUGUCGCUCAUCGAUGCAAGCAGUCAGAGGUUGGGUAGCGUGGUCAAUACUUUCUUUGUCUUCCACGAAGCAGACGUCCCCAUGUUUUCUGUGCUUUCCCACCAAGCAUUGAAGAUUCACGAAGCGCGUAUCGCUACGCUGUGCCGCACGGUCUAUCUGCUCGGCAAGUUCGUCCUGUAUGAUCUCCCCCUAAACAUCGCAUCUUUCGACCUUUCGAAAAUUCUCUCCUUGGGAUCCGCCAUUGGUAGUCUCGGCAACCUCUUGGCCAAUGUUCAAUGUCAAUUGUACGAGUAUGGCCAUAAUCUUUACUCCCAUGUCUUCUCACUGAAGGCGGUUUGGCACAAUCCAAAUGUGCUACCGCCCACGGAUGGAACCCUCGGGUACAACCUGGCAGUUUGGGAUACGAAGGAUCGUACUAUCGCUAUUUUGAUGGGCUAUCUUCUUGUGUCUUUGGCCGGACUUGGUUAUCUCCGUGUCGCGCGAUUCGUUUCUGGAGCAGACCGAGGACAACGAGUUGAAGGCAUGGUCGCGGAAGGGCUCCACCAGGCCGGUGGAGUGAUGAAGGUCAUUCUCAUCAUUGGAAUUGAGAUGAUAGUGUUUCCGUUAUACUGUGGCUCGCUGCUUGAUAUCGCCUUAAUGCCACUGUUUGAGAAUGCCACCCUUUCAUCCCGGAUCGCGUUUACCUCUGCCUACCCACUUACCUCACUCUUCGUCCAUUGGUUCAUCGGCACAUGCUAUAUGUUUCAUUUUGCUCUGUUCGUCUCUAUGUGCAGGAAGAUUAUGCGGACGGGCGUUCUUUACUUCAUCCGUGACCCUGAUGACCCUACUUUCCAUCCCGUGCGAGAUGUUCUCGAGCGAAAUAUUACCACACAGCUCCGCAAAAUCGCCUUCAGCGCCCUUGUAUAUGGUGCUCUGGUGAUUGUGUGUCUAGGAGGCAUUGUUUGGGGCAUUUACUACGGAUUCGAGGGAGUCCUUCCCGCGCAUUGGUCGUGCAAAGACCCCGUCCUCGAAUUCCCGAUUGAUUUGCUUUUCUACAACUUCGGAAUUCCGCUUGCAAUCAAGGCCUUCAAGCCCUCCGAUGGACUGCAUAGUCUGUACAGCUGGUGGUUCCGCAAGUGUGCUCGUUUCUUACGGCUGUCGGACUUCUUCUUUGGCGAAAGACGCACAGAUGAAGAGGAUGAUUCUGCAAAUCACAGCUGGUGGAGCCAGCUGUUGGGCAACAAAGCAGACGAGAACCCCAAUUCGGAUGAAAAGGAUUCGACUAUUCAGCAGAAGCGCAACGGAAAAUUCGUCCGCGCACCAUUUUCAGAUCAAGUCCGCAUCCCCAAGGGAAGUCCCGUCUUUUUGGAAGUCUCAGAAUCGAAUGAGCGACUUGAUGGGAAACCCGAUAACGACACAGGCCUCCACGGCCGCUUGAAUGACAUGUUCACCAAGGUUUACAUUCCACCUUACUUUAGAACUAGGAUCGCCGCAUUUCUCUUCAUGAUUUGGAUGUUCGCAGCAGCAACAGGGGUAGGCGUUACAGUUCUUCCUUUGGUCAUUGGGCGGAGAAUCAUGUCUUAUUACGUCCCGGGUCGACCGGUUAAUGACGUGUAUGCAUUCUCUACGGGCAUGGGCGUCGUUUGUGCUGCUGCCUGCUUUGUAGCGUCCUGCCGAGCAUGCUUUGACAUGAUAGAGGAUCAUGCCGGCCGCUACUUGCGCUCACCCGUGGAGGUAUUCCGUGGAGUUGUGGACGUCCUCCUUAGCGGCAUUCGUCUCGCCUACAUUGUCACAAGUUUCUUGAUAUUCCUACCCGCUAUAUUCGCUCUCGCGAUAGAGCUCUAUGUGCUUAUUCCCAUCCACACAUACCUCGGCAGCGAAGAGGACCAUGUUAUUCACUUUGUCCAGGACUGGGCACUGGGUGUGCUCUAUGUUCAGAUGGCUGUCAAACUUGCCAUGUGGCAUACGAGAUCCCGCCCCGCAGCAGCGCUCAACGGAAUUUUUCAUGACGGCUGGCUGAAGCCGAACGUCAAGCUUGCAACUCGGGCGCUCCUCCUGCCAAUGACUCUGCUGGCUGCCAUUGCAGUUACGCUCCCGCUUUUCUGCGGAUUCGUCUUGAACUCUACUGUUUUCUCCUCUCAGCCAGAGCUGCAACCCAAAGUGUACCGCUACGCUUAUCCUGCUACCCUGAGCAUGGCGAUGGUAUUCUGGCUCGCAUAUCUCACCUGCCGCCAGGUAGAAGUGUGGAAAGUGAGCAUUAGAGAUGAGUUCUAUCUCAUCGGCGAAAGGUUGCACAACUUUCGCGAAAAGCGUGCGCGGGAAGUUGGUGCGCCGCCUCGAGUUAUUACCGGAUAG